GCGGGAUGGGGAGGGAAAAGGAGAAUCUGUGAGGCGUCGAGAGGCAGCGCGGCGGCUGCUGUGAGGAGUCGGGUGCGGAGACGCCGGUGGCCGGACCGCUCAGGGCCGGGGCCUCGACUGGGAAGGAGAGGCCGGAGCAAGCGCCUGGAGCCCGAGGCCGUAGCCGAGGAGGAAUGUGACCAGGGGUCGGCGGGGGCGCGGGAGUACGCAAGUGCAGGGAUGGGGCAGCAGGUGGGCCGCGUCGGGGAGGCUCCGGGGCUUCAGCAGUCGCAACCCCGCGGGAUCCGGGGCAGCAGCGCAGCCAGGCCCUCCAGCCGCAGGCGGGACCCGGCGGGGCGCACCGCAGAGGCCGGCUUCAAUAUCUUCACCCAGCAUGAAGCCUUGCACCGCCCCUAUGGUUGUGAUGUUGAACCCCAGGCCCUGAAUGAAGCCAUCAGGUGGAGCUCCAAGGAGAACUUGCUUGGAGCCACUGAGAGUGACCCUAAUCUCUUUGUUGCACUUUAUGAUUUCGUAGCAAGUGGUGAUAACACACUGAGUAUUACUAAAGGUGAAAAGCUACGAGUCCUUGGUUACAACCAGAAUGGUGAGUGGAGUGAAGUUCGCUCUAAGAAUGGCCAAGGCUGGGUGCCAAGCAACUACAUCACCCCAGUGAACAGCCUGGAAAAACACUCCUGGUACCAUGGACCUGUGUCUCGCAGUGCAGCAGAGUACCUACUCAGCAGUCUAAUCAAUGGCAGCUUCCUGGUGCGAGAAAGUGAGAGCAGCCCUGGGCAGCUAUCAAUCUCGCUCAGGUAUGAGGGGCGUGUGUAUCACUACAGGAUCAAUACCACCACAGAUGGCAAGGUGUAUGUAACUGCUGAGAGCCGCUUUAGCACCUUGGCCGAGCUUGUUCACCAUCACUCCACAGUGGCUGAUGGACUGGUAACAACACUACACUACCCAGCACCCAAGUGUAAUAAGCCUACAGUCUACGGUGUGUCCCCUAUCCAUGACAAAUGGGAAAUGGAACGAACAGAUAUUACCAUGAAGCACAAACUUGGGGGUGGUCAGUAUGGAGAGGUUUACGUUGGCGUCUGGAAGAAAUAUAGCCUUACGGUUGCUGUGAAAACAUUGAAGGAAGAUACUAUGGAGGUGGAGGAAUUCCUAAAAGAAGCUGCAGUGAUGAAGGAAAUCAAGCAUCCUAAUCUGGUACAACUAUUAGGUGUAUGUACUUUGGAGCCACCAUUUUACAUUGUGACUGAAUACAUGCCUUAUGGGAACUUGCUUGAUUAUCUCCGAGAAUGCAACCGAGAAGAGGUGACUGCAGUUGUACUGCUUUACAUGGCCACUCAGAUCUCUUCUGCAAUGGAGUAUUUAGAGAAGAAGAAUUUCAUCCAUAGAGAUCUUGCAGCUCGUAACUGCUUGGUGGGAGAAAACCAUGUGGUAAAAGUGGCUGACUUUGGCUUAAGUAGAUUGAUGACUGGAGACACCUAUACUGCUCAUGCUGGAGCCAAAUUUCCUAUUAAAUGGACAGCACCAGAGAGUCUUGCCUACAAUACCUUCUCAAUUAAAUCUGACGUCUGGGCUUUUGGGGUGCUCCUGUGGGAAAUUGCUACAUAUGGAAUGUCACCAUAUCCAGGUAUUGACCUGUCUCAGGUCUAUGAUCUCCUGGAAAAAGGAUAUCGAAUGGAACAGCCUGAAGGAUGUCCCCCUAAGGUGUAUGAACUUAUGAGAGCAUGCUGGAAGUGGAGCCCUGCGGACAGGCCCUCUUUUGCUGAAACACAUCAAGCUUUUGAAACUAUGUUCCAUGACUCCAGCAUUUCUGAAGAGGUAGCCGAGGAGCUUGGGAGAGCUGCCUCCUCCUCAUCUGUUGUUCCAUAUCUGCCCCGAUUACCUAUACUUCCUUCUAAGACCCGGACGCUGAAGAAACAGGGGGAGAACAAGGAGAAUAUUGAAGGGCCACAAGAUGCCACAGAAAAUUCUGCUUCCAGUUCAGCACCAGGGUUCAUUAGAAGUGCACAGGCCCCCAGUGGGUCCCCAGCACUGCCUCGAAAGCAAAGAGACAAGUCCCCCAGCAGCCUCUUGGAAGAUGCCAAAGAGACAUGCUUCACCAGAGAUAGGAAGGGAGGCUUCUUCAGUUCCUUCAUGAAAAAGAGAAAUGCUCCCACACCCCCCAAACGCAGCAGCUCCUUCCGAGAAAUGGAGAAUCAGCCCCACAAGAAAUAUGAACUCACGGGUAACUUCUCAUCUAUUGCUUCUCUACAGCAUGCUGAUGGGUUCUCUUUCACUGCUGCCCAGCAAGAGGCGAAUCUGGUGCCACCCAAGUGCUAUGGGGGUAGCUUUGCACAGAGGAACCUCUGUAAUGAUGACAGUGGCGGGGGUGGGGGCAGUGGCGCUGCUGGGGGUGGGUGGUCUGGCAUCACAGGCUUCUUCACACCACGCUUAAUCAAAAAGACGCUGGGCUUACGAGCAGGUAAACCCACAGCCAGUGAUGACACUUCCAAGCCUUUUCCAAGGUCAAACUCUACAUCUUCCAUGUCCUCAGGGCUUCCAGAGCAGGAUAGGAUGGCAAUGACCCUUCCCAGGAACUGCCAGAGGUCCAAACUCCAGCUGGAAAGGACAGUGUCCACCUCUUCUCAGCCAGAAGAGAAUGUGGAUAGGGCCAAUGACAUGCUUCCCAAAAAAUCAGAGGAAGGUGCCGCUCCGACCAAGGAGAGACCAAAAGCCAAACUUUUGCCCAGAGGAGCCACCGCUCUUCCUCUCAGAACCCCCUCUGGGGAUCCAGCCAUUACAGAAAAGGACUCUCCAGGACUGGGGGUGGCUGGAGUGGCAGCUGCCCCCAAGAGCAGAGAGAGGAAUGGUGGGGCACGACUUGGCAUGGCUGGAGUCCCAGAGGAUGGCGAGCAGACAGGCUGGGCUGCCCCAGCCAAGGCUGCGGCGGUCCUCCCAACCACUCACAACCACAAAGUGCCAGUCCUUAUCUCACCCACUCUGAAGCACACUCCAGCUGACGUGCAGCUCAUUGGCACAGACUCUCAGGGGAAUAAGUUCAAGCUCUUAUCUGAGCAUCAGGUCACUUCCUCCGGAGACAAGGACCGACCCCGCAGGGUAAAACCAAAGUGUGCCCCACCCCCGCCGCCAGGGGUGAGACUACUGCAGCAUCCGGCCGUGUGCUCAGACUCCACGGAAGAGCCCACGUCAGAGACACAGGAGGGAGGGAAGAAGGCGGCUCCAGGGGCAGUGCCCAUCAGUGGGAAAGCUGGGAGGCCUGUAAUGCCCCCACCUCAAGUGCCUCUGCCCACAUCUUCCAUCUCGCCAGCGAAAAUGGCCAAUGGCACAGCAGGUACUAAAGUGGCUCUGAGAAAAACCAGACAGGUGGCUGAGAAAAUCUCAGCUGACAAAAUCAGUAAGGAGGCCCUGCUGGAAUGUGCUGACCUACUGUCCAGUGCAAUCACGGAACCUGUGCCCAACAGCCAGCUGGUGGACACUGGACACCAGCUGCUCGACUACUGCUCGGGCUAUGUGGACUGCAUCCCCCAAACUCGCAACAAAUUUGCCUUCCGCGAGGCUGUGAGCAAACUGGAACUCAGCCUGCAGGAGCUGCAGGUGUCUUCGGCAGCUGCUGGUGUGCCCGGGGCAAACCCUGUCCUUAACAACUUACUGUCAUGUGUACAGGAAAUCAGUGAUGUGGUGCAGAGGUAGCCACCGUUAGCUGGGUGGAAAGAUGCACACAUUUCUGAGGGGAGAGGAAAAGGGACUUGUUUUCCUGUGUUCUCGUUUCAAAAAAUGGAAGACUGAUACUUGAGUGUGUUUCUGUGAAGUACCUCAGAUCUCUGAGUUCUCACGUUUACAGGUUCAUCUCAAAAAUAAAGCAAAACCCAUAGGAGAGGGAAAAUAGAUGGGGGCAGGGCAGUUGUGGACCGGAUUGGAAGCUGCACUGGAACAUCAGGGAACAUGCGUAUGUCGUGCCAUGAAGAACCAAAUCCAGCCCGUUCUUACCUGGAGUGAUGUGAGCUGGUUAGGGCUGCUCCAGCAGGGCCGCAGGGACUGUGCCCAGACAGCUCAUUGGCUGUGGCACUCAUUCUGCACCACACGGAAGGGAAUUGACUUGGGGCCCCAGUAGGUACUAAUGGUGAUUGUGCUCCAACUCGUCUAACUUACUGGGUGGGACAGAAGAAAGCUGGGAAUGUGCCAAGAGAAGUUUUGUUCAAGGCUGUUGGAAGCUGCUGUUAGCCUCGCUUCCACAGGUCACUGCUGCAGUAAGAACUGCAGAUCAGAUGGCUAGAUGCAAAACUGGGAAAUGUGGCCCUGUCAGUAUGCUCCUGUCCUGUUUUCCAUUGGUGUAUUAAUUGGUACAGGAGGUAAAGAAUGCUAGGAAGUAUAUUUAGGGAGAUUGAAACCUUCUCCUAAAAUCUUAUAUUACUUAGCAGAAGCCACUUCUCCCAGGCUAGUAUAUUGUUUCCUAAUGGAUCAGGAUUGGCUUUCUGCUUGUUGGUGCCUAUCUUGUAAACCAUAGGCAUAGGAGUCUCUUUGGUGGUUCUUUUCUGCCCCUUGCUGGGCAGGCUGUGUUCCUUUAUUCCUGGCAGCAUUCAGGGCAUUAACCAACACUGAACAUUAUUGAAAACAAUGGUCAUGUACAGGUCUCACAGGGGAAUCCUUUUCUGUUACAGUGCCCCUGCAUACUGACAUACUGACAAAGGACUUGAGCAGCUAUAUGUUUCUUUAUCAGCUAAAAUGCCAGGGAAAGGGUGUCUUCUUGAAACCCAGUGGUCAGCCCAGAGGUCUGUGACUGAGAGGAGAAGCUGGCUUGGGCCUAAUGGCUGUUUCCCCUCCCUCCCUUAUCACCUUAGACCCAAUCUAGGUAGAGAAUACGGAGAAGCAUUCUCUCACUCUGUACGAUUUCAAAUGAAUCACCCUAAAUUAUUCUCACAUGCUUUUCUCCUCUCACAUACUCCCCCUGCCAAUUGUUGUGCUUGUUUGUAAAGAUCAUAUUGGGAAUAUUUGAUAUUUAUUUUAUCAUUUCACCUCUAUUUUAAGAAUGCAUAGUUGAAGGAGCAGGUCAUUUUCGGGGGACACCAAUUAGAUCCCAGAAACCUAAUGAUUCCUUUUCCUACCCUAUUCAGUUAUUGUUAUGGAAGUUAAUUAGGAUCGCUUCUUAAUUUAGAACCAAGUCUAAUUGGUUAGAUAUUAUUAAUACUCUC